GGUUACCUCUUCAAUAUGGCGGAUUGAAAAGUUGCCAAAACAAUUCCUAGAUAAGAAUUGAUAGAAAACAAUGUUAACGCAUUUGUUUCAUUCAAAAUAAUAGUGCUUAUAUUUGGGGCGUAUAAUUCACUAUUAUUUACUCCGUCUAAAGAAAGCCAGAAGUGGUUUCUUUGACGUAUCCAUCUAGAUUCAACUCGUAUUCUGUAUAAAGAAAAUGAGCAGUACGAGGGACUCCCCAGCUAUGGAAUCAACAGUGUCUGAUGAUACACCGGUUGCCAGCCCAAGGGAGGGGCCUUUCGACCAGUCCCAGUCUCAGAAGCUUGAAAGCGUCACACAGAUACAUGCGGCUGCUGUGAACGGGGACAAGGCCUGGCUUGCAAGAGUCAUAACGGCCAACAUCGGAACUGGCCUACUGGACGCUGGGGACCAGUUCGGCCGCACCCCAUUGAUGUUCUGUGUGCUGGCUGACCGACUGGAGUGUGCCGAACUACUGCUGAAGGCUGGGGCGCAAACCAACAUGAAGGACAAGGGGGGAAGGACCGCCCUGAACUGGGCAGCACACAAGGGUAAUGUUCGCUUGAUCAAGUUGCUGUUAUCGAAGGGUGCAGACUGCCAUAUGAAGGAUAACGAAGGCCAGACCGCUGUACACCUGUGUACGAGACACAAGUUACCCAAGUGCAUGACUCUGUUGCUACGGCAGCUGUCGCCGGGCGAGAUUGACGAUCAGGAUAGGAACAAGAGGACAGCAUUGCACUGGGCUGCAUCAUAUGGGAAUUUAGAACAUGUGAAAAUGCUGAUCAAGCAGGACUCCAACAUAGGCAUCCCGGACAUUGAGGGAAAGACUCCACUGCACUGGGCAGCCAGUAGUCGAGACGCGGAGGUUGUCAACUGCGUCAGGCUUAUCUUGGACACGACCCCGAGUGUUAUAAACUGGCAGGAUUAUGAGGGAAGGACUGCCUUACAUUUAGUGGUCGCUGAUGGUAACGAGGCAGUCGUAAAGGCUCUGGUUGCUGUUGAAAACUGCAAUGUUUCUGCUCUGGACAACAUGUUCAGGACCCCUCUACACUGGGCUGCUGUACUUGGUCAUUCAAAGAUUGUAUCCCUGCUGUUGGACAACAAGGCGGAGUUCUCGAGUUCAGACCAGAACGGGGCCACACCUUUACACUACGCAGCGCAAAACAACUUUGACGAGACAGUGGAGGUAUUCCUGUCUCGCGCCAACGUUACAGACGAAGCAGACGUGGAGGGAAGGACGGCGUUCAUGUGGGCAGCGGGCAAGGGGGCUGACCAGGUGUUGGAGACCUUCCUCAAAAACAUCGUGGACAUACAACAGGUCGACAAGAACGGUGGCAAAGAUGACGCCAGUUCGACCCCAAUCAGAAGCCCACCAAAUAACACUAAAACGCCAAAAAGCCUUGGGCAAUCCAACCAACACAAUAGCAAUUACCCAAUGCCAGAAGCUAGAUUCCAGAAGCGAGUAAUUUCAAUGCUUUCUGAAAUGAAGAGCAUGCUGCAGGAACAGGCCAGAGGACAGCCUAUCACACCAGGGCUGGAGGCACUUGAGUCGUGGACUGGUGGCCCUUGUGAAACGGUCGAGGAGUUUGGGGAGUUAGAAAACGUGCUCAAAUCUGUGGAAAAGCGACAGCAACUGAUCCGCCUAUUGUCAUCAUUGUUGGGUCAAAACUCUUCGCGAAAAUGUGAAAAGAAUGAUGCAGAAGUGAAGAGAGUUGAAAAUUGUGGCACAAAAUUGACAUGAACAUCAUUGCUUUGAACACUUGCUACAAGAGAUAUCAACGUAACUAGUGUUAGCCAAAGUAUAAGCCACACAGAAAAAGACUUAGAGGAUGUCAUCUCAAAAAUCUUGAAGUAUGCGCCUGACAGAAAAGGCGGAGUGGGCCGAAGGCUGGAAUAACCAUCACCUUAAUGUGAAGUCAACAGACUCUGGACCAUAUUAAACAGAUAAAAUAGCAAUAUGUGCUAGGUAAAAGAAUUUAUCAGAACAUUUCAGAAUUGUGAUGCUUCUAUUUUGAUCGGUCUGUCACUCUGUCUAUGAACGCUACUCAUUAGUUUGCUCUUUUGAGACAGUAUUUUAUCAAGAAUCUCAUGAAAUGUUGUAAUAGUAAAAGAUCAAAAUAAUAAUUUGAUUUAUUCAAACUAUGUUAAUCUUCUGUUAAUUGUCAAUUUGUUUAUUAACAACAGAUACUUUGUUUAAUAUUAAAAAUAUUUCAGCGCGUUAUAGAAGCUGUGCGAAUUUAUAAUAUUUGGAUAUUUAAUGCACACAUUGUUGGAAAAAACAAUUUAAAUAAAGUGAAAUUUAGAUGGUUAUCUUAAUUUGGAUCGAGAUAGUUCGUUAAACGAUUAGAAAAGGACUUUCGCUAUUAAACAUUAUGUAUAAUAUUAAUUACUCUACAAGUAAUUUUGUUUCCAAAUGAUUGUUUAUAUGAUUAAUGAUCCUAGUUAGGGUUGUAGAUUGUUCUUGUUGGAUUAUAUACUGACAUGCUCAUCAUUUGUGUUUACAUUUGCAUUUUAGCAUUAAAAGUUCAUUAUGCUUUAUAUAUUUGUAUGUAGACAUAUUGAUGACCAGCUUUUCAUCUAAUGUAAUAAGUAAGUAACCUAACAAAGAUAUCUGUGUUACUGUAUAUAGGUGUAUUUUGUCAUUUUUAUAUAGAUCAACAGCAAAGCAUAUAUUUUAAUGAUAUACAUCUUUUACAUGUUAAGCAAUAGAGAAAAUGAAUUGCUAUGGAUGAAUGUGCAUUAUACUGAUAGAUAAUACAGACAUGCAUAAUAUCGGAUUAUGAACAUAAAAAUAUAUGUUUAGCAAUCGAAAUACCUUGUUUAAUUUCAUGCUUUUCAGUUAUUCAAAUGUUUAUUUAUGAACAUAAAAAUACACGUUUAGCAAAAGAAAUACCUUGUUUAAUUUCAUGCUUUUCAGUUAAUAAAAUUAGGCAAUAACUAUCUCGUGGAAAUUAGUGAAUAACAUUUCAAGGGAGAAUAUUGUGACAUGCUAAAUAGGAGUUGUCUCUCUUGUUUGAGUAUUAUUGUACCUCUAAACAAGUAAAUUCAUACAUUAAUUCAAAUUAAUCCACACUAUAAACUCAUAUUUUGGUCAUAUAUGGAAUAAUGAAAUAUUGUUUGCGUAAUUGUUUAUUUUUAUGUAUUAUACCAAAGCCAUCUGUAAUGACAUUUAUUAAAAUAUUAAUAUUUGAAUGGCCAUACAGUGCUAAAAGUUUGGUAUUCUGACUAUUAUAAGUGCAUGUUCUGCAAAAAUAUCAGAUUGUGUAUUAAAACACUGUUGUUAUACUUCUUAAUUAUUUUAUAUUUGACAAGUAUUGACUUGUUUUUGCUUGUAACAGUUGUCCAGUUUUGAAUUAUAGUUGUUAAUAAUAAUAACAAUUAUUGUGACAAUUUUCUAGUUUUGAAUGAUUACUUUCAGUUGAUUGUUUACCAGUUAUGUAACAGCUGUUUUCAUGUUAACCGCUCCACAUUACAUGUUAGUGAAGCGCAUUAACGGCCCCCAGUUUCCUUAAAACUCCAAAUUCAGCUAAUGUCUUAAGACUGGAUGUGGUUGUUUAUAUUCAACUUUGUUAUGCAUGAAACAUGUCAGUUCUGUUGUUACUCUUGAACAGAAGUUUUUAUAGGACCAAAUUGUGUCAUAUUUCAAAUUAAUGAUAUUAUUAUGCCCCCCUUCGAAGAAGAGGGGGUAUAUUGUUUUUCACAUGUCGGUCAGUCUGUUGGUCGGUGGGUCCGUCCACCAGAUGGUUUCCGGAUGAUAACUCAAGAACGCUUAGGCCUAGGAUCAUGAAACUUCAUAGGUACAUUGAUCAUGACUGGCAGAUGACCCCUAUUGAUUUUCAGGUCACUAGGUCAAGGUCACAGUGACUCGAAAUAGUAAAAUGGUUUCCUGAUGAUAACUCAACAACGCUUAGGCCUAGGAUCAUGAAACUUCAUAGGUACAUUGAUCAUGACUGGCAGAUGACCCCUAUUGAUUUUAAAGUCAAAGGUAAAGGUCACAGUGACUCAAAAUAGUAAAACGGUUUCCGGAUGAUAACUCAAGAAUGCUUACGCCUUGGAUCAUGAAACUUCAUAAGUACAUUGAUCAUGACUGGCAGAUGACCCCUAUUGAGUUGUAGGUCACGUGGUCAAAGGUCAAGGUCACAGUGACUCAAAAUAGUAAAAUGGUUUCCGGAUGAUAACUCAAGAAUGCUUACGCCUAGGAUCAUGAAACUUCAUAGGUACGUUGAUCAUGACUGGCAAAUGAACCCUAUUGAUUUUCGGGUCACUAGGUCAAAGGUCAAGGUCACAGUGACUCGAAACAGUAAAAUGGUUUCCUGAUGAUAACUCAAGAAUAAUUAGGCCUAGGAUCAUGAAACUUCAUAGGCACAUUGAUCAUGACUGGCAGAUGACCCCUUUUGAUUUUCAGUCACUAGGUCAAAGGUCAAGGUCACAGUGACAAUAAACGUAUUCACACAAUGGCUGCCACUACAACUGACAGCCCAUAGGGGGGGCGUGCAUGUUUUACAAACAGCCCUUGUUAUUAACUGGUUAUAAGAUUGGCGAAUGUUGGCUGGCGGGCAUAACAAGCUUGUCCGGGCAUUAACGAUGUCGUUCAUUGUGAGAUUUUAAAAUCAUUUAGCACAUUUGUUCACCAUCAUUGGACGGUGUGUCAUGCGAAAGAAUUACGUCGAUAUCUUCAAGGUCAAGGUCAAACUUUGAGUUCAAAGGCCAAAAAUGGUCAUAAAUGAGCUUGUCCAGGCCAUAACUAUGUCGUUCAUUGUGAGAUUUUAAAAUCAUUGGGCACAUUUGUUUACCAUCAUUGGACGAUGUGUCAUACGAAAGAAUUACGUCAAUAUCUCCGAGGUCAAGGUCACACUUUGAGUUCAAGGGUAAAAAAUGGCCAUAAAUGAUCUUGUCCGGGCCAUAACUAUGUCAUUUCAUUGUGAAAAUUUAAAAUUGCUCGGUACAUUUGUUCACAAUCAUUGGACGGUGUGUCAUGCGAAAGAAUUAAGUAGAUAUCUCCAAGGUAAAGGUCACACUUGGAGUUCAAAAGUCAAAAAUGACCAUUAAUGAGCUUGUCUGGGCCAUAACUUUGUCAUUCAUUGUGAGAUUUUAAAAUGACUGUACAUUAAUUUUGUUCACAGUCAUUGGACGACGUGUAAUGCGAAAGAGUUCAAAGGUCAAAAUUGCCAUACAUGAUAUUGGCAUAAUAAUUCUUAAAAAUCGCCAUAAAUUUGCUUCUUUUGUUUUGUGAAGACAGCAUGCAAAAUAUUCUGUGUUAAUGCAGCAUGUGGAAGUAUAUGUCACGUCUGUGACAAAGCUCUAGUUGUAAAUAUACUUUUUUGAAAACCUGGUUUUGUGACAAUUUUGUCCCUUGUUAUGCUAUUAAAGGAAAAUAAAAUUACAUGUAAAUAUGCAGGUUAAAGUUGUAAGAUUAUUCUAUACCCCGGCAAACGAGGCUUGGCUUCAUGAACACUUGCAAUCUAUAUUUGUAAAACAUG